ACACUUCUAUUCAUUCACAAUCUUCAUAAUCUUCAUUAGAGUUCUUCGUUCUAAUUAAUCUCUCUCUUCUUCGCUUUCUCUCUCUUCUUCCUUUCUCCGAUUUCGAUUUUGAUUCCGAUUCAAUGGCUCGUACUAAGCAAACCGCUCGCAAAUCCACCGGUGGCAAGGCUCCAAGGAAGCAACUCGCCACCAAGGCUGCUAGGAAAUCUGCUCCAACUACUGGUGGAGUCAAGAAGCCACAUCGUUACCGUCCUGGAACCGUUGCUCUUCGUGAGAUCCGUAAGUACCAGAAGAGUACUGAACUUUUGAUCCGUAAGCUUCCUUUCCAGCGUCUUGUUCGUGAAAUUGCUCAAGAUUUCAAGACUGAUCUGCGAUUCCAGAGCCAUGCUGUUCUUGCUCUUCAGGAAGCUGCUGAAGCUUACUUGGUUGGAUUGUUUGAGGAUACCAAUUUGUGCGCCAUUCAUGCUAAGAGGGUGACGAUCAUGCCGAAGGAUAUUCAGCUUGCUCGCCGCAUUCGUGGUGAACGUGCUUAGGGUUAAGGAUUGAUAUGGACAUUAGUAUUUUGGGAUUAUGAAUUAGGGUUUAUUUGAAUUUCAUGUUUUCUUUUAUGCGUUGUAUAGUUUUGAACCAUAAUGGUCAUCUUUAACAAUUAGCAACAGACAAUUUAAUUGCUGAUUAGUUUUACUUUUUGGAAUGGAAUUGUUCAAAUUACAAAUGAGUCUCUGCAACUAUUUUCUUAUUUUUA